UCAUGAUUGGAAUGGGAGCAAAUCCAGCAGAGGUUUCUGCUGAAGUUUCGGAUGUUGUUUUUGACACUCAGCACUUUUCUUUGAGCUGAACUCUUAGGAAACUUGAGGGAGGAUGAAAAGGGGGCGGAGCCUAGAGGACACUCUGAAAAGAGCCACACAGGAACAGAUAGCUGACAGAAGUCAUGGAAGUCCACAGAGUGCCGGUACUGAUCCUUUUCUUCAUGUGUAUGACCACGCCUGCUGUUUCAGUGACGAAUUUCUGUUCCAAAUCAACUGUGUUAAGAACCCAGACAGCAUGUAAUUCCUGUCACAUGAGCCUCUUCAUCGCAUGUCCAUCAGGUUACAAAAGAACUCCGAGAUCUCCAAUCACCAGCUGCAGGUAUGCCAUUAAAACCAGCAGUGUGGUCCUGGCCGUUCCUGGCUGUUCAUUGGAGUGCUACAGAGAGGUGGAGGUCCAGAGCUGCUGUCCUGGUUUCUGGGGUCCAGAUUGUAUGGAAUGUCCCAGGAGCACCAGCAGACCAUGCAACGGCAGGGGGACCUGCUCUGAUGGACUCGGGGGCAACGGCACCUGCAGCUGCCAGGACGGCUUUGCAGGGACUGCAUGUGAGGACUGUGCAGCUGCUCGUUAUGGCCCCACCUGUCAGUCAGUCUGCUUAUGUGUGCAUGGCCUGUGCAACUCUGGAAUGAGCGGUGAUGGUCGCUGCACCUGCUUUUCUGGAUACAAAGGUCCCACCUGUGAUCAAGGUGCACCUGCCUACAGGGUUACAUCGGCGAUGGUAGAGUCUGCUACGGGAACAUCAUGCAGCGUCUGACGGAACUGAACACGGAACCGGGGGGGCAAUGGGCGGGUCAGCUCAGCAACGCCAUGGCCAUGUUUGAUGCUGUUUCAUGGCCUCUACAGAACUUUGGUCCUUUCACUGUUUUUGUGCCGAUAAAUAAAGGCUUCCGAGGACUUUCGGUGAAGUCUUUGACAGCAGAAUCAUCCAAAGCUAAAUACCUGAGCAGGAUCCACCUGGCUGCUGGGAUGAUGUCGUCUGAGACUUUGACCAGAAUGGGCGUCUUCUACACUCUGACGGGGAAAUCAGCAGUGACGGAUUCACCUGAGACGGAUGGCCAGCCCAGAAUCCGUCUCCACGGCAGCAGGAAGAAAGGCGCCUUGGUUGAGUCUGACAUCGUCGCCUCCAAUGGGAUCAUCCACAUUAUCAAUAAGCUGAUGGACAGCGUCUCUCCCACCGUGGAGAGCAACCCCCAAGAAAACCUGAUGAAGAUCAUCUCUGACAAUGGGAAGUUUGACACAUUCAGGACCUUGUUGCAGAAAACUGACCUGGCCUCAUUUAUGGACUCUCCAGGACACGUCACCAUCUUUGCUCCCACCACAGCAGCCCUGGGCGCCAUGACAGAGGGAUACCUGCAGUACCUGAGUAGUGUAGAGGGUCACAGCAAGCUAGUGGAGUUUGUCAGGAACCACGUGGUGUCCUCCCUGCUGGAGGUCUACAACAUUGUGUCGAGUCCAACAGUAGUGACGAUGGCCAACCAGGUCCUUAAGUUCAAUGUGACAGAAAAUGGUCAGAUUCUGGUUAAUGAAGCAGCAGUGACGGAGGCAGCGGUGGAGGCUAAAAAUGGACGUCUGUAUGUGAUGGAUGGAGUUUUGAUCCCGCCCUCCAUUGAACCAGUGCUGCCCCACAGGUGUGACCUUUCAAAAACAAAGAUCAUCAUGGGUAAAUGUUCCCGAUGCUCAAAGAUCACUCCUUCUGUGUGCCCAUCUGGAGUUUUUGUGCGUAGCUUACCGUGUAUAUACAACCACCCCCUGGCCUCUUCAGUCUUCACUGUGCCUGAAAGAGGAUGCAUAUACUUUUGCAACACAACUGUGAUGACCCCAGCAUGCUGUAAAGGCUUCUAUGGUCCAGACUGCACGCCUUGUCCAGGUGGAUUUCAGUCGCCCUGUUCAGGACAUGGUCAGUGCAUUGAGGGCGUGGCAGGAAACGGGUCGUGUUUGUGUGAAGCAAAUUUCCGAGGUUCCCGCUGUCAGUAUUGCUCUGCUCCCACCAAGUAUGGUCCAAACUGUGACAGAAACUGUCCUUGCAUCCACGGGCAAUGCGACAAUCGUCCCAGCUCGGAUGGCCAAUGUAAACUGCAUUCUUGUGCCCUGGGUUACACCGGGCGUUUCUGUGAACGUAAGACAUCUGCCUGUGGCGUCUACGGGCACUUCUGCCACGCUCACGCUGACUGUGACCUGAGUCAGGGUAUUACCAAAUGUAUUUGCAAACCUGGCUUUCAAGGUGACGGAAUCACAUGUGUGGAAACGGACCCGUGUGCCCCCCCUCUAAGAGGAGGCUGCAGCAGUAAUGCCAAGUGUAUAAAGACCGGCCCAGCUUCUCACAUUUGCCGGUGUCUAUCUGGCUGGAUGGAAGAUGGGGACGACUGUCAACCCAUUAAUAACUGCAACACUCCUGACAGAGGAGGCUGCCACCCCAACGCCACCUGUAUCUUUGUGGGACCUGGACAGAGUGAUUGUUCAUGCAAGUCUGGCUACAAAGGUGAUGGACAAACCUGCGAGCCUGUCAAUCAGUGUGUGACUGCAGAGGGGAGCUGUCACUAUCUGGCCAGCUGCCGGCUGCUGUCCUCUCAGUGGAGGUGUGUCUGCCGGGACGGAUAUGUUGGUAAUGGACAGGUGUGCUAUGGCACUGUUGAACAGCAGCUGCUGGUUCUGCCCAGCACCGCAGACUUCUCCACCUGGAUCACUGAGUCCGGCUUGUCGUCCUCACUGUCGGAUCAGAACUUCACCCUUUUUGUCCCGGUGACCUCUGCCAUCGCGGACUUGCCUUUAGAAGACAGGAGGUUUUGGAGCUUGAAGGGAAACCUGCCCAGUCUCAUCAGGAACCACAUGGUUUCUGGUACCUGCCUGCUGUCCUGUCUGGAAGACGUCUCCUCAGUGACAUCCCUGCUGAAAACAACACUUUCAGUUUCACAGAAAGAUCAGGUCAUAUUUGUGGGUGGAGCCACUAUCAUCACAUCAGAUAUUGCUGCCACAAAUGGGGUCAUCCACCUCAUCAACAAGGUUCUGGUUCCGGACAGGAAGAGGAGUGAAAGUUUGUCGGUCAUGCUGGAGCUCACGCCUGACCUGUCGCUCAUGAAAUCAUAUCUCAUGGAAUACAACCUGACGCAGGAGAUCGAGCAGAUCGGCCAGUUUACCAUCUUUGCUCCAACCGAUGCUGCCAUUCAGGCCCACCUGCAGACCACGGGCUCCUCCGCGCUGGAUGUAAACACAACCCGUUACCACAUGGUGGCGUCACAGCGUCUGCUGAAGACUGACCUUCAGCAUGGAGGAUACAAACAGACCCUCCUGGGAUUUGCCUUCCAGCUCGGGAUCUUCCCUAGAGACGGAAAGAUAUUUGUUAACGACGUUCAAAUAAGGUCCUUCAACAUUCUGAGUGGGAACGGCGUGAUUCACACCCUGACAGCUGUCCUGCCCAUCAGCAGGAACCGCUGCGACAAACUGACCUCCCAGAGAGUGCCGGGUCUGUGUGUCAGCUGCCUGUUCCACCAGAACAAGAUCUGCCCCAACAACACGGUUCCCAAGAAAUCCGAAGGCUGGAGGAGAUGCGCUCUCAUAACGCUCAACCAGGACAGCCAAGUACGACUGCGUACAGGCUGCAGAGCUACCUGUCUGCAGGAGAACGUGGAACAUAGGUGCUGUGAGGGGUUCUUCGGUGAGCACUGUGAGCCCUGUCCUGGUCCAGCUGGGAAACCUUGCUUUGGGAAUGGUCUAUGUUUAGACGGGAUAAACGGCACUGGAGUCUGUGGGUGCAGCAGAGGCUUUAACGGGACAGCCUGUGAGACGUGUGAGGGCGGCAGAUACGGCGUUCACUGUGAUCAAGAGUGUCACUGCAAGAACGGACGCUGCUCCGAGGGCCUGGAAGGAGACGGGACGUGCCAGUGUGAUGUUGGCUGGAGGGGGGAGCACUGUGAUGAGAAGAUUGAAUCAGGAGCAGAGGAAUUCUGUGGCUUGGAAAAAUGUCACAGCAGUGCAAACUGUGUGACUCGAGUGUCUGGUCCCGAGUGUCUCUGUGCUGCUGGAUUUGAAGGGAACGGGACCUUCUGCAAAUCCGUGGAUGCCUGUCUGCUGGAGAACGGCGGCUGCAGUCCUUUUGCAGUCUGUAAGAGGACGCGUCCAGGACGCAGAGACUGCAUCUGCAGCAGCGGCUAUGCAGGAGACGGACUCGUGUGUGUGGAAAUAAAUCCAUGUCUGGAGGGAAACGGAGGGUGUCAUGCUAAGGCUCAUUGCAUCCAUGUGGGACCAAACAAGACCUCCUGUGUCUGCCCUGAUGGUUUCUCUGGAGAUGGUCUCUCCUGCAGCUUCAUUAACUUGUGUAAAAAGAAAAAUGGGGGGUGUCAUCUGGAUGCCACUUGCAAUAUGACGGCUCAGGGGUCCUUGACCUGCAAGUGCAAGAAAUUCUUUGUUGGAGAUGGGCUGCAGUGCAAAGGCACGGUGGACCGGGAGUUGAGGCUGAGGGGUCUGACCAGCUUCUACUAUGCAGUCAACAGCAUGGAGAUUUCCCUGCGUGGACGGGGUCCCUUCACUGUCUUCGCUCCCAAACCUCAGAACUUUGAAUCCGACUCUUCAUCAGACACAUCCAUGAAGAUGAAGCUGUUGGCCAAGCAUAAAGAGACUUUCAGGAACUUGCUGCGCAGCCACAUCGUCAUGUGUCACACUCUUCUGCCUGACGACUUGAGCCUCAUCUCCAACGUGACUUCUCUGUCUGGACUUGUCCUGAACAUUGACUCUACCAAGGGAUCAAUCUUCAUCAAUGAGGCGAAUGUGACAGACAGCGACGACGUGAGCGUCAAUGGGAUCAUCCAUGAAAUCGACAGGAUUCUGUUCCCCCCAAACAUGGAUAAAGAGAGCUUUCUUCUCAGCCCAGACCCAACAGAACUGAACCUGACAGACGUGACUCAGGGAUAUAACACCUUCUUCCAACUCCUUCAGGACACUGGCGCACUGGAGCUGGUCAAUAAUGGCGCCAACCAACCAGUCACUGUCUUCCUGCCCUCUGAUGCCACCAUGGCCUCUCUGCCACAGGAGCAAAAGGACUUCCUGCUCCAUCAACAGAACCGGAAACAGCUGCUGGAGUACCUGAAGUUCCACAUUCUGCCAAACCAGAAGCUUUACGCAGAAGACCUUAUAUACCUGGACUCAGGCCGGACCCUGCAAGGCUCGGCACUCUCCUUCUCCUGUGGUGGGGCACAAAACAUCGGAGAAAUCUUCGUCAAUGAUCAGUCCUGCCGGAUCAGCCAGCGGCAUCUCAUCUUCAGAGGUGGCAUUGCUUAUGGGAUUGAUUGUCUACUGACUCCGCCCAGCCAAGGAGGGCGCUGUGAUGUUCAAACCACCUUUGAUCUUCAGAUGGGCUGUGGAAUGUGUGCCUCCUCUGCAAGCCGCUGUCCUCGAGGAUCCAAGCAGAAGGAGCUUCAGAAAUGUGACCUUCCAAACUUUUACGUCAGCAAGAACCUCGGCUGCAGGCCCAUCUGCACUGUCAACUUCUGGCAGCCCAAGUGUUGUCCAGGGUACUAUGGACGGGACUGUCUGGUCUGUCCUGGAGGUGUCCACUCUCCAUGCAGCAACCGAGGGAAAUGUGACGAUGGUCACCUGGGUAACGGUACCUGCACCUGCCAGGCUGGAUUUGGGGGUACAGCCUGUAACCAGUGCAAACUGGGUUUCUAUGGCCCCACAUGUAAAGGCUGCAACUGCUCCGAGCACGGGUCAUGUGACGACGGCGUGCGAGGCUCAGGUCUGUGUUUCUGUGAGCGCGGCUGGACCGGAGAGCGAUGUGGCGAGCAGCAAACUGAAGUGUUUGAGUGCUCGCCCCCCUGCUCUCCAAAAGCCAUCUGCAAGGACAAUAAUACCUGUGUGUGCCGCUUGUUUUACCAGGGAGAUGGAUUUACCUGCACAGUGAUGGAUGUCUGCAGCAUCUGGAAUGGGGGCUGCGCCAAAGGAGCCACGUGUUCUCAGAAGGGGGAGAAGGUGAGCUGCACCUGUCCGGACGGUCACUCUGGAGAUGGUUUCACCUGCGUGCCGAUGGAUCCGUGUUCUGUCGGGGACAAUGGUGGCUGCCACGAGCACGCCGCUUGCACCAUGAUAGCUCCAGGAAAAAAGAAGUGCACCUGUAAGGACAACUACUUUGGAGAUGGCGUGAUCUGCGAGCUCCAGCUGAUCCCCGUCAGCCGCUGUCUCCAGGACAAUGGGGGGUGCCACUCAGAGGCCAGAUGUACUGAUCUCCACUUUGAAGAUAAAAUGUUGGGUGUGUUUCAUGUAAGCUCUAAAACUGGUCAGUACAAGCUCACCUAUGCUGCAGCUCAGCAGGUCUGCAUUAAAGAGGGAGGGGCCCUGGCCACGUACACCCAACUUCACCGAGCUCAGCAGGGGGGGUUGAACAGGUGUGCUGCUGGCUGGUUGGACCAAGCACGCGUUGCAUACCCCACUACCUUCUCUAACCCCAAAUGUGGUUUUGGACACGUGGGUGUUGUGGACUACGGGUUCCGCAAAAACCUGAGCGAGAACUGGGAUGCCUUCUGUUACCGGAUGAAGGACGUGGAAUGUCAGUGCAAACCUGGUUAUGUUGGAGACGGCUUUGGCUGUGUCGGUAACCUGAUGCAGGUCCUCAUGUCCACUCCCAGCUUUUCUAACUUCCUCACACAAAUCCUGAAUUACUCCCAGAUGGCUCAGUCCGGCCACCAGUUCAUAAAACGGCUCAGUGACCCUGCAGUUCAGUCUACCCUGUUUGUCCCCAACAACGACGGGCUCCCCAAUAACCAGACUCUCUCACAGCGGGACAUCGAGUUCCACCUCUCUGAGGGUCAGGCGCUUCCCAUCAGCCAAUUGAAGAACGGCACUCGUAUCAGAACUCGAGUGGGUGGUCUUACAGUUCUGGGCGUGGCAGACCUGCUUGAUCCCUCUUCUCUGGCGUCACUUUACGUUAACGAGCGCUUUGUUACUGACUCCAACAUCGAAGCUUCUAAUGGCGUUAUCCACGUUCUACUAGGACCUCUGAAAGCUCCACUCCACAGUCCAGAGAUGCAUGCGGCACACCCGGCGGGUCUGGGGGUCGGGGUGCUUCUCCUGGUCCUUCUGAUGGUUGGAGUCCUCUUUGUUGCAUAUCACUUCCACAGCCGGAGAAACAAACCUUUUCAGUUCCACUACUUCAAGGAAGAAGACGGCGAUACGUCUGCGACCAGCAGCCGCAGCCUCUGGAACCCACUUUAUGAAGACCAACCUCAAUCAUCCGAGCCCAACUCGCAUUAUGAGAGUCUGGAGAGGAACGUGCACCAGGUGAUAGAGGGAGGAGCCAACUUGCUGCUGCAGGAGAACCAGAUCCAGUAAGAGCAGAUCUGAGUCCAGGAUCGGUUGAGCCUCCAGUGAUAAAACUCUCAAUGAAACAAUGUUAAUAAAAACUCCAGAACUGUUUAAAACUUUA